AUGGCUGACGGAAUCUCCGAAAUUGACACCAAUCUCAUCCAGACCAACUACGACAAGCAGGUCUCCUCCUUUGAUGAUUUGAAUUUGAAGCCAACGAUUUUAAGAGGUAUCUUUGGUUAUGGUUAUGAAACUCCCUCCGCUAUUCAACAAAGAGCUAUCCUACCAAUUAUCGAAGGUAGAGACGUCUUAGCUCAAGCCCAAUCUGGUACCGGUAAAACCGCCACUUUUGCUAUUUCUGCUUUGCAAAACAUCAACGAAAAAGAAAAAAAAACUCAGGCCUUGAUUUUGGCUCCAACUAGAGAAUUGGCUAUUCAAAUUCAAAAGGUCGUUUUGGCUAUUGGUCUACAUUUAGACAUCACUGUUCAUGCUUCAAUUGGUGGUACUUCCGUCAAGGACGAUAUUGAGGCCUUUAGAAGAGGCGCCCAAAUCGUUGUCGGUACCCCUGGUAGAGUUUACUCAAUGAUUCAAAAUGGUAAUUUCAGAACCAACGAUAUUAAAAUGUUCAUUCUCGAUGAAGCUGAUGAAAUGUUGUCCUCCGGUUUCAAAGAACAAAUCUACAAUAUUUUCAGAUUUUUACCAACUACAACCCAAGUCGCUUUGUUAUCUGCUACAAUGCCUCAAGAUGUCUUGGAAGUUACCACCAAAUUCAUGAGGGAUCCAAUCCGAAUCUUGGUUAAAAAGGACGAAUUAACUCUCGAAGGUAUUAAACAAUUCUUUGUCGAUGUUGAACGAGAAGAAUACAAAUUCGACAUCUUGGCCGAUAUUUAUGAUUCAAUUUCGGUCACUCAAGCUGUUAUCUUUUGCAAUACUAAAAGAAAGGUCGAAGAAUUAUCAAACAGUCUAGAGCAAAACAAGUUCACUGUCUCAAGUAUCCACUCCGAACUAACUCAACAACAAAGAGACACCAUCAUGAAAGAAUUUAGAACCGGUUCUUCAAGAAUCCUAAUUUCAACAGAUUUAUUAGCAAGAGGUAUCGAUGUGCAACAAGUCUCCUUAGUCAUCAACUACGAUUUGCCCAAAAACAAAGAAAACUACAUUCACAGAAUUGGUAGAGGUGGUCGUUUUGGUAGAAAAGGUGUUGCCAUCAAUUUUGUUACAGCCGAUGAUGUUCCAAUGUUAAGAGAAAUUGAAAGAUUCUAUUCUACUCAAAUCCUAGAACUACCUGGUGAACUCGAAGGCUUGUUUUAA